AGUUCAGUUCCUCCAUUCUGUAACAUAUAAUUUGUCCCAAGAUACAGCACUCGUGUCGAAUUAAUCCAGACCUUCUGUGAACACCUGCUUAGUGCAAGUUUAUGCUAAUUCGGGAGCUUGUCUCGGGCAACAAGUGUGGCAAAAAACCCAUUCCCUGUGAUCCGUACUAUAAAUGAUUGCGGUGAUAAACAGAACAGCCUAUGUAUGGUUGUGGUGCGUGUCUGGCGAUGCAAAUGGGAUGCAGGUGACGUCGUGUUGGCCGUUGCAGUAACACAUAAACCUUAGAAAACGUGAUAUAAAUCGUCUGACGGUGUACCGCUUAAUGCUGGCUGUAUCAAGAACCGGUUUCCCCAGUCCUAAACCUGUCAAAAGAAAUAGCAGAGCAGAAGAGAACCUACCCUUUGGUGUGCCCUUGAAUAGCAUAAGGUGUAGUGCGAAUAUGCGACGAGUUUGUAGCCGAGCCGAAGCGGAAGGGCGGCAAAUUUCAAACCAUAAGUCGAACGACUUAUGUCGACAUAAGUCGACAACGAGUUACGGAAUUCCGAAACCCCAAAAACAGGUGGCGACUGGCAGUCGAUUGUGUUAGAGGCGUGAUAGCGCGUCCGUCGGUAUAGUGACGUAAGCGGACGCCGUAAUCCGUCGUAUUCAACGAGUCGUAUCCAACAACUCAUCGUGCGGACCAUCGCUUGAAAGUGAGAUCUGUUUUGCUUGAUAAAUCUGGAGCAUUGUCGAGUUUUGUGAUAUAAUAUCGACAUCUUGGGUUCGCCAAUCAGCAAGUGAAUUUCUAUUAUGUUUUGCAGGUGUCGCUACAUCCACAUAGAAACCAACAGGAAUCCGGUGCAUCUUGGGCGUACCCUACCCAUCAACGCAGCCUAUUUUCGUCUUCUGCAUUCCCGGACAGUCAUAGUGGAUCGAAUCAACGCAAACGUUGCCAUUUAAUGUUUCAAAUAUUUUGCGCUGGUCCUGUCGUUAUCUUAGUCCGAUAUCAAAGACUAACGAAUUUAAUGAGGUGCCAUUGGAAUGAGAGAGCCAAUAUAUUGGAGCGGCGCGAGCAAAGUUCAGUCGAGUCGAACGUCAUAGAUUUCUAGAAUCGAUAACGUUGUGAUAUCACGCUAAAGUGAACCUUCGUAUUGAGCAGAAGCUCGGUGCUGUUCGAUAGAGUUCACAUUCGCUAGGGUAGCAGACGAAAUCGUAAGUGGUUCGAAACUAGUAUAUGGACAGCAUGACUAUAUCAGCGAUUCCCCCUGCAGAACCUGUUUGGUGUCUGGAUCGGCGGGACUCUGGCCAUCUUUUUUGGCGCCGAGAAUCAUCCAAGGUGAAGUUUCGAUACGACGUGGAAGUGCUAGAGUUUACCAAAGAUCCAUAUGAAGAUCAACUACUGAUAACGGACAGCGAGCUAAACCGCACGAAACAAAAUCAGGCUAACGCGGUUUCGAACAUACUCGUUGUGUGUGCCACGUGCGUGGCUGCACUUGCCGUAACGGUUGUGUUACCCUGGUUUCUCAUAGGGUCGGCAUAGAUGAGCAUCGAACCGCAAGGCGGAGGUUGUGACUAAUGCAUAUAUGGUUUACCCAAGUUGCUUUUCUCUGCAGAGAAAUGCUGAAAUAUUGGGUAACAUAAUUGUGAUACAUAACACUAGCUGCUGAGAGUCUAGGAACAUUUGGUUUUCUCCUAAACCAUUUUCUACUAAUUUUUAAGAAUGCUAGUUUAUCAACUUUACUCAGUUUUAUAAAGGCUAUGAUACACAAUCCUUUAAAUGCGUUGAGUUGAGGACUGCACAUGUUGAGAAACCAGAAAUGUACUUAGGAUUACCAUAGAAUUCCAGCUGAGUCAUCUUAGCAAAGGUGCGUCUCUAGCAACUAUUCUAUGUCAUUUAGAGCGGUUGAGUAGUGGUAAGGUAAUGUCAAAUGUAUCAAUUUUACAGUUACCAGUUGGGAAAACCAAAUCGCUCCGGUAAAAUGUAUUAGAGUGUGUAGAUGCCCUAUGCCAUCACUGCUAUAGUAAUGAAAUCAAACAUUCAAUCGACCAAUAAGGUUGUUUUUAGAAUGAUUUCAUUAUACGCUUUUUCACAAAUUUGUUUUUAUUAUUUAGGAAGAAUAGGGGAAAAACAGAAUUGUAAAAAAAGUUUGUAUAACAUAGGGAAGAGAAUGGACAAUAAAGAGGUAACUUAUUAGUCUACACUACCAUUCAUUUCACCAUUCCUUUAUCAUGGAAAAUAUAAUCCUGUCAAUCAAUAUGUUUAGAUAGAACAGAAUAAUUGUAUUUACUUGACAUGAAGAUCCUAGAAUGUUGUAGUAAAUGUUGAAUAUGAUAAAUUUCAAUAAAACGUUCCGCGGAUGGCGGCAGUCCAAACAUGCACCUACCACAGAACAGAACUUGCAUAUGGGACAGGGGUCGAAUUUUUAGCUGAACUCGACCUCUUAAUAAAUGACAGGGUUGUAUAUAGUAGCCGAGCUUGAAAUGUUGAUUAGCAAUCACCAAAACGGUGCGAUGAAACAUUUUUUUUCAGAAACGUUUUUUUUAUUUUUAUGUUUUCGCUUCUCAACAACGUAUAUAUACAGAUACAUUCUUAAAAUAAAUCGUAACUUUGUAAAAUUCUUCGGUAAAGUAACAAGUCGAUCCAGGUGGAGAAAGUACUUGCAUUCCAAGUUAUUGUAGCAGACUACUCCGAUCGUAGAACGAUGCAAUCGCACACUGAUCCGAGAAACAAGUAUUAUUCGCAAGGCGGGUGCAAUGAUUUGGUGUAAUCAACAUAUCGUCACUUGCGUGUAGUGAUUGCUGUGCAGCUUAUAUUUUCGUGAAAUCACGGGAACGGCGUUUGAGCCUGUGCACCCAACUGUGCGACAAACGUGAGAUAACAAACUUCGUGAAAUGCCACAGUAGAGCCAACAUAACGUUACUCGGUGCUUGUUUGUAGAAUAAUGUAUGAUAUUCAUACGGUCUUAGUUGUUUGGAGUCAGUGAGGGUAAGCAUUCGUAAAUGGUUUGUAGUAUCAAAAACUAUUAUCAAUCAUUGCAUCAAGCUUAAGAACGAGGAACCUGUGCGAAAAUAAAUAACUCCACUGCAGAACGCCAGUAAACAGAUAUUGUCUUUACGAGUUUGUCGGCCCAUUCGAUGUUAAUUCGACUCUCGUCGCAUCCACGCGGGUAUCUUAUCUUUUAGCGCCUCGCGGAUAUGACGGUACAUAAUAAGCAAUAUUACUGGUAUGGCUAGUUUAGGAUUUUUGAAUAGAUACAACCAACAGGCGAUGGCAAACAGUGCCACAUCAGUCAAAUAAGAUAUAGUGGGCUUGAGUGACUGUUCGUCGGGUCUCUCAUCGGCUGUUUCUAACAACUUUGGUAUAGUUGCAGCAGGAGCAGAAAUAGAUUUAUUGACCGACGGUUCGGGAGUUGGUGGUUUAUUGGUCACAGCUGGAGCAGUAACAGACGUCGAAGGUGUUUUAGAUGGUUUUACAUUUGGUGUUGUGAUGGUUCCCACACGAACAGCUGAGUUUGAUCUCGAGCGGUUACGGGUAGCCGUACCUGCUUUAUCAGUGAUACGUCUUUUCUCGAUUGGUCUGCUUGCUCGCCCAUUCUCAUCCUUCGUACCAGUUGUGUUUGCAAUGGGUCCUGUUUCGCGAUUUGCGGAAGGCGGUCUCACCGUCACAUCACUUUCAACGGAGGCCGAUCGUUGACGUAGAAUUUUACUCUCACGAGCCGGUUUA